UUUUAAGUAUAGGGUAACCAGACGGUAGUUGUUAAUUACCUUGGUGAAGUCGAUUUGUCGCAGACGUUGUACCAAAAAAAGACCUUCAAAUUAUUCCUUUGAAAAAGAUGCGAUGUCAUUUUAAGAUGUAAAAGUGUAUAAAUACCCCUGGACAUGGUGUGGCGUUGUGAAGUAAAUUGUGACUUUGUAAUGUAGCUGGGGAAAGUUUGUAUUCAAGAGAAGACCACUUGCAUCGUCAGUAUUCAUAAUUCAACAACAAGAAGCAGUCAGUCACUGAGUCAGCAUAGCUGCAUCAAGCUGCUCCCUCAAGCCAUCCACUGCAAGGACCGACCCAAACUUCAACUACACAACGUUCAUGACAUGUAGCCUUCAUUUCAUCUUCCCAAACCAACUGGCUGAUCAGACCGAUACACCAAGACUUGUUGGAGAUGCCGGUGAUUGAAUUUCAGCGACUGCCUCCGGAGAGCGACGAAGGAGAGGCCAGCAACCAAGGUAACUUUCUCACCGUGGCCAUGUACUCUACCGUCCCUGAGAACCCGAACUACAAUGCUCGCUUGGCCAAGUAUCUGGGCAUACUGCAGCUGUCCAUAGCUCUCUGCAGUGUCAUUGACGGCAUUGUGACCGUCUCCAUCAGUUACUGCAGUGUCUCUAACUCGGCUACGCCAAUAUGGAGCGGUUUUCCGUGUUUCUUCUUGGCGGGCUUGAUGGCGUUGUGGUCGGGAGACAAGAAAACAAGAACGAUCCGUGUGUACAUGGUGUGUUCGUUCAUCGCAAUGCUUGCUGCCCUGACCAUGAUUGGGUUUAUGUUAGUCAGUGCCGUCCAUGACUACCACAGGGGGUUUCCCUUCAUGUAUGUCAGAGACGAGGUUGCAUCCAAACUGAGAGCCUGUUUCGGCUUUGACAUCUUCGCUAUUAUCCUGGGUUUCGUCGAGGUCUUUGCUGCUCUUACGGGGAUCCUGAUUGGUUCUGAUCGCAACCGGCAGCUGUCGGCAGCCAAUCCGCUGAGUUGUCACGUGAUGGGGGACGUCCUGUGAAUGGGGAGCUGUUCCAUUUACAGUCAGCUAGGUGGACUUACCAACUGUCUAUUUCAACGAAGUUCAUUCAUGUAUGAGGUAUUAUUGCCCUUGAGAAGGGAGACGAGUUGUAGUCAAGACAGGCAUAAGCCAAAUUAAAAGUCAAUCAGGAGGCAAUCACAAGUCAGUCACAAGUCAAAUCUUGAGUAGAUCACAAGUCAAAUCACAAGGCAAAUCACAAGGCAAUCACAAUCACAAGCUGAUCCUAAGCCGGACACAAGUCAAAUACUGAGGACAUCGCAAGUAGGUCACAAGCCACAUCACAAGCCAAUCACAGAAUAAUCUCAAGGCGGUCACAAGUCAAAUCCUGGGUAGAUCACAAGUAGAUCACAGGUCAAAUCACAAGGCAAUCACAAACCACAAUCUAAUCGCAAGCUAGACGCAAGUCAAAUAUUGAGUACAUCACAGGUGUGUCACAAGCCACAUCACAAGCUAAUCACAGAACAAUCUCAAGGCGGUCACAAGUUAACUCCAGGGUAGAUCACAGGUCAAUUCACAAGGCAAUUACAAUCACAAGCUAAUCCAACGUUUUACACAAGUCAAAUACUGAGUACAUCACAAGUCACAUCACAAUCAAAUCACCAGUCAAUCGCAAGCCAAUCUCAAGGCGGCCACAAGUCAACUCCAGGGUAGAUCACAGGUCAAAUCACAAGGCAAUCACAAUCACAAGCUGAUCCCAAGCUGGACACAAGUCAAAUACUGAGGACAUCGCAGGGAGGUCACAGGCCACAUCACAAGUCAAAUCAGAAGGCAAUCACAAGUCAAUUACAAGCCAAUCACAAGUCACUCACAAGUCAAAUCACAAGCCAAUCACAAGGCGGUCACAAGUCAAAUCCUGGGUAGAUCACAAGUAUAUCACAAGUCAAAUCACAAGUUACAUAAACCAACUAUCUCAUAUGAAAUCGCGGGUCAAUCACAAGCCAAAUCACAUGUAACGUUGCAGGUGCCUGAAGCGCGUCUCUUGAUCUAAUCAAUAUCGGACAAAUUUUGAUUAUUUGGCUAAAACUACGAGAGGAAGAUAUAUUAGCCAGGAUAAGAGUGACGCAAAACUUGAAAUAUUCUUGUUCGUUUCUGAACACUGAUGACAAAAAAAACAGAGCUCAGUACUUUUUUUCUUAAAUCAGUAAAUAAAUAAAUGUCCUCUGUGCAACCAAUUAAGUUUAAUGAAAACAAAAAUUGAAUGAAAUAUUUUUGUCCUUGUGGUGUCAUUUAUUUGUGCAGCUGUAAAAUAUGCAUAGUUUAAGCUGAGUACGAGGUGGAUGUACAUGGUCAGACAGUAGAUAUGUGUUACUUAAAUACCUAAAAUAUGUGUGCAAUAUCUGAUUGAUAAUUUUCGUAGCUUUAAUUCAAUUUGCCGUGCAUGUGAUGAAUACUGAAUU